UUUGUAGAUUACAUAAAAAGAUCAAUCAUUAAAUGAUUUGCUUUGGGUUGAGUAGAAACACAGGAGAUGGUUGGUGAUAAAACUUAGAACAAAACAACAGACUGGCAGGCUGCAACUACAGCAAAAUGAAUGCCCCUGAUGCCCUUUAGUAGAACUGGCAUAGAUGUCUGCACAGAGAGUCUCAUUAUGAGCAGCUUUGAAAAACUUAUUGGAACAUAAGUAAUAUACUAGAUGUAGUAUAUUACUUAGACACAGUAGUUUAGUCUCUACAUAUGUGUCUUUUUUUGCCAAUGUUUGUGGGCUUUAUAUUUGAGGUACAAACUCUGAUGGCAAAAUUAUCCACAUCUCCCCAUUGUGAAAAAUUCCUGGAUCCAGGCAGUGAUCCGAUCACCCCCAAAGUCUAACCACUUCUUCCUUAUUCCAUUUCAGAGAUUUCCUGAAAGUUUCAUCAAAAUCAGUCCAUCACUUUUUUAGUUAUGUUGUGAACAGACAGACGGACAAACCAAUGCCGCUGAAUACAUGACCGCUGCCUUGGCUGAGGGAAACUAGACUUUCCUUGGAACAAAGAGGUUAAAUUGUGAGACAAGCUGAAGGGUUUGGAUGUAUUCAAUGCUACUUUAAAAUCAUAGAAUUAAGGUUUUCCUAGACAUCUUGGUUCUGUCCGAGAGGUGACCGCAGCUUUCUUUAUUGAUGGAUUUUAACAGACAGGGCCUCAGGGGUGUAAAGGUUAGGCUGUCUGGACUGUCCCAAAGACAAACAAAUUUGCUAUAGCCUUGAGUAAAGUCCAAUGGGAAUUACACAUAGACAGACAGGACAGCCCGAAAGAGCUUUGCAGAAACUGAUCCUGCAAAAAGACCAAACACCCCUGAAAAUCCACUCAUCAUCCUCAGACUGAGGUCUGAGUUGUGAUACCAUGGAUCUUCUCCACAGCUGGGGGGUUGAGCUGGUAGUUCAUCUGCAGACCAAGUAUAGCAGGUACAAGGACUUGUUCAACCUGGCAUCAACAGUGGCUGAUCUGCACACCGCAUUUUUUUGCCUGUUCCCGAUCUGGUUCUAUGUGCGGAGGGAUACGGGGCUGAGGCUAAUCUGGGUGGCGGUCAUUGGAGACUGGCUCAACUUAGUCCUGAAAUGGGUUCUGUUUGGAGAGAGACCCUACUGGUGGGUUCAUGAGACCAAGUUUUAUGGAGCAGAAAAGGCUCCUUCACUGCAGCAGUUUCCCAUCACAUGUGAGACUGGACCAGGAAGUCCUUCGGGUCAUGCUAUGGGUGCAGCUGGUGUCUGGUAUGUGAUGGUAACUGCGCUUCUUUCUAUUGCAACAGAAAAGCAGUGCCCUCCUUUACUAUACAAAUUGUUGCAGAUAGGUUUGUGGGCACUAAUGGUCCUGGUGGAGCUGGUGGUCUGCAUGUCUAGGGUCUACAUGGCUGCCCACUUCCCACAUCAGGUUAUUGCAGGAGUCAUUACAGGCAUACUUGUGGCUGAGAUUGUCUCCAAGCAGAAGUGGAUCUACAGCGCCAGCAUGUACAGAUACUUUUUCAUCACACUCUUCUUGACCUCUUUUGCUGUUGGCUUCUACAUCCUGCUAAAAACUCUGGGAGUGGACUUGCUCUGGACCCUGGACAAAGCCCAGAAAUGGUGCAUCAGGCCAGAAUGGAUUCAUCUGGACACCACACCAUUUGCCAGCCUUCUGCGUAAUAUGGGCUCCCUGUUUGGCCUUGGCCUGGGGCUGCAUUCUCCACUCUACAGUGGUACCAAGAAGAACACAAGUACUGGUUUCAAGACAGGGUACAUCAUCAUCUCUUUGUUCCUGCUUCAGCUGUUGGACAGAUGGACAUUUUCCUCUGAAAAUGAUGUGACUUUCUAUGCCCUGUCUUUCGUUAAGAGUGCAACUGCUCUCUUAAUCCCAACCACAGUGGUUCCCUGGGCUCUCUGCAGGAUAUGCAAGGGAAAAAGAGAUGACAAAAACUUGUGAUUCAGGUCCCAUUUGUAAUUUAAAACCACUUUCUAGGGUUAAUUUUCCACAUCGACUAGUUUUGUUGCUCCUUGUUUUUAUGACCACUAGAAUAUAGAAUUUUAGGAAAAUUUUUGAUCAAUGUAAAGUGCUGGCCUAGAUCUCAGUUAGAGCAUACUAUACUCUGGGAAUUUUAAGGAAUACCCAGCACUUAACAAUUUACCAGGAUGCUUACUAAAAGUCCCAAAAUAACUUUCGUUGCUGUGCAUUUUUCCCUUUUAGUUAUAGGGACAUUAUUUGGGAGACAAAUAAAAUCAAAUAAGUGUUCCUACACUAUAGUGGAUGUGUGAUUUAUUGUAAAGACAAUAGGUUACGUGGGCUAUAUGUUUUAUCUUUUAGCAAGC